UUCUCUCGACUCUCAUCGUUCUAAAGCAAACCAACCAUUGCGAAAUUAUAAUCAUAUUACUCUCUGCUAUUUAUUUAUACAUUUGUAUAUUUAUCUGAAAUUUUCUCUAUCAGUCAGAACUUUAUCUUUCGUUUGUCUAUUUUGCAAACGCUUGCCAUUUUUGUUUUCUGUUGUCAUUUGUGCAUAAUAAGUUUGGUUUUAUCUAUCUACCUAUCUGCAAUGGCCGAAAUGAAAGAUGCCCACAUUGUAGAAAUCCCGGUAGACGAAGAGCAACAGCACAAACUCUUGUCUGCCAUGAGCACAAUCUCGGCGGCAAUCCAACACCACCCACUAAUGGAAAUCUCUGAGAGCCCCGGCCAUCUCUUGCUUCUUAAACUCUGGCAAAGAGAAGAGGACCUUUUCGGCCGGCGCAUGGCUCUCAAAGAGACUAGAUUGGACUCUAUCAAAAGAGAACUUUUCCAACUGUGCUGUUUCUUUUUCAUCUUUCAUGGGUUUUUCUUGACCAUCUUGUUUAACUCUUCGGUUAACUCCCAAGACGAGGAUACUUCCCACACUUGUAAGAAAUGGUGGAUACCUGGUCUUUUAUCUGUCUCGACCUCGUUUGUGUUUGUGUUCUUGGUGCAGGUGAAGCUUUGGAGGUAUUGGAAGGUGUGGAAGCAGUUGCAGAGGGAGAGGACCGAUAGCCGCGCGGUCACAAGGUGUAUUCAGGAGUUGAGGAUGAAGGGGGCUAGCUUUGAUUUGUCUAAGGAGCCUCAGAGUGGGAAGAGAAUGAAAAGCUCGAGCGUCGAGAUCAAAUGGAAGCCGCUUACUUGGUUUUCUCGGUAUCUGAUAACCAUCGCUCUUGUUUGCUUUGCAGGUUUGGUGUUUCCGGCUAGCAAGUUUAUACUUUGCGGCUUCUGAUCGUCGGAGUUUUUCGUUUACUGGCCGGGGUUGUCUGUUAGAUCCUUCAAGUUUCUGCAGGCUGUGAUCUUGGAGAAUGUAACACAAAAUGGAAUCUUCAAGACUUGUGGUCGAGAUGAUCAAUCUACCAGUGCCAAAUAUUUAUGAAGAAUUUCGGCAAUAUACAUGGAAAUGGUAAUGGUACCGUAGAGAUCUGACUCCAUUGCUUCUGUUCAAUCUCGAUCUCCUAGGGAAUGAAGCAUCUUCGGUCCGAUAAUUAUAGUAGUCAUAGAACAAGCAAAUAUAUGCACCGUUGGAAGUUCUGAUUACAUGCGGCCUGAAAGCUGAAUAAAUUUGAUCAGAUUUUUCCUCCAUCUCUAAAUUCUGCUGCUGAUUCCAAUGAGAGCUGCCUGACUGAGCGGAAUUGCGAUAGCUCUCGUGUGGCGAUCCUGAAUACUUCAGCCAGAAAAACAAAACUCCAGAUUUGGUGCCAGAAUGAACAUGGAUGGAUCAUCACUUUGAAAGCUUUUACAGUCCAUCGUUAUGGACGAUUUCUUGUAUAGCAAUUUUAGGAUCGGUUCCCCAGUAAGCAACACUGCCUGUGUACUCUCUGAAUUCUGCUGCUGAUUCCAAUGAGAGCUGCCUGACUGAGCGGAACACUUGAGCCAGAAAAACAAUACUCCAGAUUUGGUGCCAGAAUGAACAUGAUCAUCACUUUGAAAGCUUUUACAGUCCAUCGUUAUGGACGAUUUCUUGUAUAGCAACUUUAGGAUCGGUUCCCCAGUAAGCAACACUGCCUGUGUACUCACUUCAUUACAAUAAAAUCUAGUGAUACGAAAUUUCAUGCA